UCGUAUGUGAUGCCAUGCGGUUCGAUUGUGCGCGGUGUGUGUAAACAAAAGUGUUUCAACAUUGUGUGGUUUUUCCAUAUUUAAUUCCAUCGAUUUGCUACAUUUAUUCGAACCGAUUUUGUGUUUUUCUGCUGACCGUGCAACACACACAAAGCAAGUGAGUAUUGUUAUUAUUUCGUAAGUGCUUCCAUGCGGUUUGCAAAUACACUGUUGGUGGGCCUUAUUGCAUAUGCGUGUGUGGGUAAAAUACAUAGUUUAAGAUGUAGUUUUAGGUUAAUUUUUCCAUUUUUAUUUAUGUACUUCAAAUAUGCAUACUCUAGAAAAUGCCUCGACUACGCCAACGUAAUACGGUUGGCAGGCAUACGAGUGAUUCACGUCGAAUGUCAAUAUCAAGAAGAAAUCAAAGCGAAGAGCAACGCGCUCAAGUGAAUGCCCGAGAUAGAGCGGUGUACAGAGAGCGUCGUGCACAGAUUAGAGUUGAAUUCGCCGACAAUCAACGGCCAAAUUACCGUCAAGGCCGAGUUCCGCUCCGCCCUCGCGAUCAAAUGGAACAUGUUGGCUUUCACUAUGAUCCUGACUGCGACUACAGCCUGCAUGAUGCCAUUGGAGCAUUGGAUAUUAUUUGUACGCAUUGCAAUGCAGCGAAGUUUCGAGGAGAAACAGCUGGCAUGUGCUGCUCCAGUGGCAAAGUGAAACUGCCUGCAUUGGAGCCGCCACCAGAACCAUUACAUUCCUUGCUCACUGGAGAAUCGCCGACGUCUAAGCAUUUUUUGCAGAACAUACAAGCAUACAAUUCAUGCUUUCAAAUGACUUCUUUUGGUGCCACAAAGAUCAUUAGAGAUCCAUUUAUGCCGACGUUCAAGGUGAUUACUUUGCAUGGAAUUUCCAGUGAAACAUUUGACAUUUUUAUUCUACAGAUUCAGGGACAAAUAUACCAUCGAGCAGGCUCGCUCAUACCAUUUGCCGAUGCCGACUAUCAAUUUUUGCAAAUAUAUUUCAUCGGUAAUGAAACUGACCAACUAAAUCAACGAUGUAAAAUUGCGACCGGCACAAGGCGAGAAAUGGUACUAAAUUGA